UCCUGAUGGCCUCGUACCGCGGCUGAAUGCGCGCCGGCGGCGGUUGCUGUGGCGGUUGCGUCAUCUGCUUCUGCUGUUACCCUUCAGAAGUUGAUUAUUCAGUGUUUCCAAAGAUGAAGAGGAAAGUUGCAAAAGUUGGGAAAUUGAGGCUUAGUCCUAAUGAAGAAACCACGCUUCUGAAGGAAGAAUAUGAAAGAAGAAGAAAACUGAGGCUACAGCAAGUUAGAGAGCAACAGAAGUAUAUCGCCUUGCAGAUAAGACAGAAAGUAAAGCAGAGGAGAGAAGAACAACUGCGUCAGUUAGAGGAGGCACUGAGAGCUGAAUGGCAGAAAGCACAGGAUGAAAAGAUGAAAGCCUUAGAAAAAUUGUAUUUAUCAAGCUUAAGAGCGAUUGGUGAGGGUCACCGACAAGCCAAGGAGAACGAACCUGACUUAGAAGCUCUGGCAAAGCAAGCAGAGGAAAGGAAACAAAGAGCAGAGAAGAGACAUAGGAAAGCCCUGAAAGAGCAGAAGUACCAAAAAGAAAAAUUACUUCGUGAGCAAGCCCGACGAACAAAUGCACGUAAACAUGCUCUGGAAGUGGAAAGACAAAGAGCAGCCAAAGUCGCAAGCCUGCCACCUCCUCCGCCACGUCCUCUUGAGAAUUUUGAAGUGAAAAAGACUCCUGCAGUGAAGCCCUACAGUGCUGACAACUUUUCUGUUACACGUUACCAUAUUUCUGAACCUUACGUGGACAGAGAAGUGGAUGGAGAGCAGCCAGAUGCUCGCUUAGCUGCUGAAGAAGAAGGGAAGCGUUUGGAGGAACUACACAGAGAGGCAGAGAGGGAGAGAAGAGAGCAGCUUGAAAAGGCACAUCUCCGAGGAAGUCACGCCUUGAAGAAGGUCCAUUUGGCUCAGGAUAGGGAAAGGCUACUGAAAGAACUUGAGCAAAUGCAGAAUAUGGAUCGGAUGCGCAGAAGACAGCUUGUAGCGCAGAUGCCACCUCAAAUUUUUGUGCCUGCAUACAAACGCAUGGAAAUAAAAGAAGAAAGACAGAGAGAACUGGAAGUUGCAUUUGAAGAUAUGUACAAUGAAGACAUGAAAAUGAAAGGAGACCUGGUUUUGCAGUUUGAGCCACAACCUUUGCCAGCCCCUUCUGAUAGAUCUCGAGAUAAUGAUCUUGAUAUUUCUUUGGAGCAAGAAUCUGCUUGUGACGCUCAACCAGAAUCUGCUUGUGAUACCCAACAGGAAUCGGGACAGAUGACAGAAGAGGAGGUCCCCAAUGAAUCAGAAAAUUGUGAAGAAGCAAAAGCUCACCAACCUCAGUCAAAACUUACCUUAAAGAAAUUGCUGAACAAGAUUAGAAGCCAAAAAGAGGAGUGGACAUCAAAAAGUGAGAAAGAGGUUCAAAGUGAAAUUGAGACUAUUGAAUCAGGCACAAUUGCUAGCGAAGAGAGACCAUCAUGUAAUUUAGAACUUAACUGUGAGCAACAGAAAAAUACAUUAUGUGAAGCCAAAGACUCUGUGGAAAUGUUGGAAAAUAAAGUUGCAGCUGAAAAUUCAGUUCUAAUCCAUCCUCAAGAGCAAGCAGCUAAAUUUAGAAUGGAAGAGGAGAGACAGAAGUGGUUUGUGCCCAUUGCCCCUUGUCCUGUCGCUGGGCACCACUUGCAAAGAGUCUGGCUCCGUCCCCGUGACAUCUACGCUACUGGAAAUACUACUGUAUCAGAAACCAGGAGUCCUAGAGAAGACAGCCAUUUACAGGUGAUUCGUAAUUAUCAACAACGCCUUCUACAGCAAAAUAGGCUGCACAGACAGACCAUUGAAGAAGCUAGAAAGCACCUACAGGAGUAUCAGAAUAAAUUGAAGCAAAGAUAUUUGUCUACUUCUGCAACACCUCUGAGCUCUGUGGAAACAAAAUCAAUUCAUUUAAAGCCUGUCUUAGAACUGCUUAUACAGAGGCAAGGAGCGCAACCAGCACAGUACCAGUCAUCUGAACAAGUUCAUGCACGAGAGUAUGCACAGUCGCUACCUGUGUUUUCAGGAGCAUUGCAUAUGUUGGAAAAAACACCAUCACAGAAACAUGAGGAGCAAACGCGUGACGCUUGUCCUGGCAGACACGUGCAGUUUUUAGAAAUAUCAAAACUGAAGCAUGGAGAGUUUCGCUUGCCGUGUGGCUGUCCCUCACAGGAACAAGUGGGAAUAUUUGAAACCUCCAAUAACCACACCAGAGAACCAUCUCAGUUCCAGUUACCAUCACAGUUAGUCACGAAAGAUGUCAGUGCAGCACGAACGCAGCCGGAAGCACGCAUACAACAUGUUAGAUACGUCUUGCCUGCAGAAGAUUCCUUUGAGCCUUCAGAAACAGUGCGCUUUAGAGAGUCAUCUCAGAUGUCAUCUAACCGUCAAGCAGAGACAGAAGCUGGAGAAGAGCCUCCACUUAAGACACCCCUCAUGCCAGCAACAAAGGGAUCUCCUAUAGUUCAGGCACCCUCAGUUGAUUCUUUGGCGUAUCAGCAGGGAUCUGCAGAGAGCACCAUCAAAACAAGCCUUGAACAACCCCUCAAUCUUCCUGAACCUGUGACUUUAUCUCAUGAAGAAUCUAAAGCCCAGGGUGUUGAAGAAUUCUUUAUAUCAAAACCAGGAGAUGCAUCUUGGUUAAAUUAUUCUGGUAUACUGAAUUUGAGGGACAGAGUGUUGGCCUCAUCAGAAAGCAUCCAAGCUCAGCAAAAGUAUUUGAAAGAAUUGCAAGAGCAGCUAGAUGCACAGAGAGAAGCUCUUCUUUCUAGGCAGAAAAUACAAGAACAACUACUUUUACAGAAGCAAGAUAAAUUGAAGGAACAGAUGCAGAGACAGCAAGAGGCUUUGAAAGGAUUUCUGAACAAGCAGGUGAGAUAUAUUUGCACAAAUGAAGAAAUGACAGAGACACAAAAGCCUGGCUGCAUUAAUAGGACUGACUUUUUCCAAGUCUCAGAAAACUACCAGCAAGAGAAUUGUGGCAGGAGUAAAUUUCACGGACGUGAAAUGAUUUCACAGUGCCUCAGUCCAGCUGAGCAAACUGAACAGUCGGAGAAAGUUCUAUGUAGAGAACAGAAGCAGAGAUCUUCCAAACCACCUGUGGCAAAAGUCAAGUUAGGGCUUGAUUUGGAACAACAUGAACUUAGUGUUAUACCAGAGGUAGACACGCCGAAGAGUUGCAACAUUUCUUUUGCAGAUAAAACAGAUUCUGUUGGUGGAGAAUCUUCUCCCAUUUCAACCAUUGGGGAGUUUGAAUAUGUGAAACGUUACAGUCAUGCUCGUCAUGAAGACGGCAGGUUACCUUUGAGCAUAACAACCUAUGAGGAACAAAUGUCUAAUGGAAAUCCAAGGCAAAGUAAACAGUCAAGUGGAUUAUUACAAGAGGUGCUGACGAUGACUGCUAAAAAUUCAUAUGAUUCAGCCCCAUCCCAGGAUUCUCAAGCGGCUCAAGAUUUACCAGUUCUUGCUGCUGAAAUUGGAGAGGGAGUUACAACAUGUUCUGGACCAUCAUUCAGACUUGAUAAUAAGGAAGUACUUUCUAAGGUAGUAUCCACAAACUUGGCUUCAGAGGCUUUCGUGCAAGGAAUACCCAGUGACUUAUCUUCAACAAUUUCCACUGGAAGCUUGUUGACUAGUGAAACAUCGGAUGUAACCCCUGUUGACACUGGAUUGUCUUCUGAUAGUACAGAAGAUCGAAUUUUGAAAGAAACAGUGAGCCACCCUUGGAACUCCUCACUGCCUUUUACCUUACAGCAGAGGCAAAGGAAUUUGUCUGGAGCAUCUGGAACUCAAUUGCCUGAAGGAGAGGUGUAUCUUUAUAAACGAAGUUGGAUACAGCAGAUCUUGGGGAAAUGUACUGGAGACUUGAACUCUUACUCAGAGGGCAAUACAAGUUUCCAAGCUCUAGCAGCUGAAAUUGAUUUUCCUGAAGCGGAAAGACAUUUUCCAAACUUCCAUCACCAGCUCUUUCAGCCGCUGGAACCGAGCCUGGACUUUGAUACUUUAUCGUCGUGUUCUCAAUACAGAACUUCACAAGACAGUAGAGAAUUUAGCAAGACUUUAAAGUUUUCAACAAAAAGUCAAGAUGUGUCUACGUUUCUAGGAGUGGGAAACUCCUGUUUGAAUAUACAAAGAAGCAGUCUGCCUUCUAGCUUUGAAACAAAUGGGCCACACAACAUUGCAUUAGAAGACUCUGUUAAAGAAAAUGCUACUCUAGGAUCUGAAGAAUCUUUUCACCCACUGCAGUUAGAAUCUACUCUGAGUGAGCACUGUCUGAAUGCCAAUCAGCCAGUGGACCUUAAUGCUAUGUUACAGACGCCUUUUGAACAAACCCCUGGAAUUAAAAAAUGGGACAAUGAGAACGGUAUUUCAUCUGCCAGAGAAUACAAAGAACUGGCAAGAAAUAUGGAAUGUAUUAAUCUCCAGUGUUCAAUGGGAGAUCUGCAAAAUGAAAGUCUGAAUCCACUGGAAGAGCACAAAUCAUUUUAUCAGCUAAAUACCACACCAGUUAUAGUGGGUGAAACUUCCCUUCAGCAAUUAUUAAAAGAGACUGUGUCUUCUGAAAAAUUACCUGUGGAGGUGUUUGAUAGGAAGUAUGUGAAGCUUCCUGAAAAAUCAGUGCAGGCACAUGAAGCAAAUAAAGCUGUGGAACUGGAUUCUCAGUGCAAUACAAAUAUAGAGGAGCCAGAUCAACGCUUUCCAGAAGUACAGAAAUCUUGGAGGGUUCCCAGAGCAACCAACUUGGAAGACUCAGACAUCCAUUUGCAGGCUGUUGUACAACAGAAUGGUUCUGUCUUAGAAAGACAUGAAAAACAUUCUAAUCCUGUGCCCAGAAGCUCAUGUCGUAUUCCAGUCUGGGAGACUGAGUCAGGGCAUGGUAUUAUGGAAGAACCUGAACUCACUCUGGCAAGCUCUAAUGAUGUUAGUAUUGCAGAAUCAGACAUUGAACAUACUAACCAAGAGAAAAUCAAGGAGGACAAAAUCGGUAACCCAGCAUGUGUGGAUCAGUCUGAAUUUAAUGUUUUUACUGAGGAAAGAGAAUUUUUACCACUAGUUCCAGACGUGGAUUAUUCGGUGUUUGUAAGGCCUGACAGUUCUUCCAAAGCCCGGAGUCCCAAUGACAGCCACUCUCCAUCACAUCAGACUGCAGUGAUGCUGCUGGAAUUUGCUUCUACACCAGGCAAUUUGCAAGAAUCUUUUUUAAAAAGCAAGAAGAACUUCAUCCAGAAAUCUCUGAAAAGAGUAGAAGAAAUAAAAAAUAAAGAGAGAAAAAAUGAAAAGCCAGAAGCCAAACAGUUUCAAAGAGGAAGGUCUGAGAAGUUAAGCAGGCAAAAGGAGUCUCCUCUUGUCUCUGAAAAAAAAGAUGCAGUUGCCAAGCAGUUGAAGAAAGUGGGAGAAGUGAAAGUGUCUUCUCCAGAGGACAGGAAGUCUGGAGAAACUGAAAUGCACCAGCGUACUUCAAGACUUUAUAAUCAAUUUGCAGAAGUAAAGAUCAGAAAGGAAGAAAAAACAAGGCAAGAAACUUAUGCUAGAAACAGAGAAAAGGCUAAAGAGUUUCAAAAGAAAAUGCUGGAAAAGCUACGAGCCAAGAAGACUUGGAAAGCACCGUGACUGGCAGAAGACUUGGAGCAACAAGGAACACUAGUGUUGGUACAAUCCAAGAGACCACUGAAUAACGCAGGCUUCACUAAGUUAAUUGUGGGGCCAUUAGGACUCCUCAGCUGUAAGCUGUAGGGCAACUGUAAGUAAACAAAACCUGUGUCGCAUCCUC